CUGGCGGCAUGAGCGGCGCCCUCCCAACCCGUCUCGCCGACCUGGCUCGGGGCGACCUGGCCUCGCUGCGCGCCUUCCUCUCCGGGCGGCGGACGCGCGGCACGUCGCUCGCGGCCCAGCUCGACGCGCGGCACGACACCGAGAAGCAGGACACGCUGCUCACCUGGGCCGCUCGUCACGGGCAGGCCGAAGCGGUGCGGCUGCUGCUCGAGGGCGGCGCGAGCGUGGGGGCGACGACUGGCGGCGGCGCUUCCGCGCUGUAUAUCGCGUGCCAGAACGGCCACCUCGACUGCGUCCGGCUGCUCCUCGAGGCUGGCGCGGCGACCGACCAAGCCAAGCAGAACGGCGCCACGCCGCUGUUCGCCGCGUGCUACAAGGGCCACCUCGAGUGCGCCCAGCUGCUGCGCGACGCUGGCGCUGACAUCAGCCAGGCCACGCCGCUGGGCCACCUCGAGUGCGCCCGGCUGCUCCUCGAGGCUGGCGCGGCGACCGACCAAGCCAAGCAGAACGGCGCCACGCCGCUGUUCAUCGCGUGCUACAAGGGCCACCUCGAGAUCGCCCGGCUGCUCCGCGAGGCUGGCGCGGCGGUCAACCAAGCCCGCAACAACGGCGCCACGCCGCUGUUCAUGGCGUGCAAUAAGGGCCACCUCGAGAUCGCCCGGCUGCUCCUCGAGGCUGGUGCGGCGGUCAGCCAGGCCGAGCAGAAUGGCGUCACGCCGCUGUACAUCGCGAGCCAGGAGGGCCACAUCGAGUGCGUGCGGCUGCUUCGCGACGCCAGCGCGGCGAUCCGCGGCUGGACGCCGCUCGCGCACCUUGAGACCCUCACCGCCGCCCGCGCCACCUCCCUCCUCCGCAGCGGCGCAAGCCUGCACGAGGGCGAGCCGACGCCGCUGCGGCGCGCCGCGGGCGGCGAGGGCGAGGCGGCGGCGCUGGUCCGGCGGGCGGCGGCGCCGUGGUCGCCGGCAAGCCACCCGCUCUUCCCCGCGGCGGCCCGCGCGCGGGCGGCGCUCCUCGUCCGCUCGAUCUACGAGAUCCACGAGCGGUACCACCUCGACUCGGCCGGAGCCACGAACGGCAUCGCGGCGCUCGACUUUGGCCACUGCGUCUUGGGCUUCGCCAUCACGCGCGAGAUGCAGUAGGGGAGUUGCAGCC